AUGGGAGAGCGAGAGAGGGUAAUGGAAGUUGAACAACAUCAUCAACAACAACAACAACCGGAAGAACAAGAACAAGAAACAAGCGAAACAUCAUCGUCAACAACAACAUUAACAACAACAACAACAUGGAAACAAAACCUUACAAUGCAGUUAUUAUCAGACAAACUAACUAACGGAAACCUUAACUCUAAGAUUGAAGCUGCAAGAGAAAUCAGAAGAAUGGUUCGUAAAUCAUCCAAAACCCGCUCCAAAUUCGUUGCUCUUGGUGUUAUUCAGCCGCUUAUUUUUAUGCUUUCUUCUUCCCAUCUUGAUGCUCGUCAAUCUUCUCUGCUGGCUCUUCUCAACCUUGCUGUUCGUAAUGAAAGAAACAAGGUCCAAAUAGUGACAGCUGGUGCAGUGCCUCCUCUGGUGGAGCUUCUCAAGAUGCAAAAUAACGGUAUACGAGAAUUGGCUACAGCCGCAAUCUUGACACUCUCAUCUGCUGCAUCCAACAAAUCGAUUAUUGCUGAUUCUGGAGCUGCUCCUCUUCUUGUCCAGAUUCUCAAAUCCGGAAGUGUCCAAAGCAAAGUUGAUUCUGUUACAACCCUCCAUAAUCUCUCCAUCAGUAUCGAAAAUUCCAUCGAACUUCUUGACGCUAGUGCCGUUUCACCUCUUAUCAACCUCCUUAAAGACUGUAAAAAGUAUUCAAAGUUUGCCGAAAAAGCUACAUCACUACUUGAAAUCCUCUCCAAUUCUGAAGAGGGACGAAUCGCAAUCUCACUUGCAGACGGUGGAAUUUUAACCAUUGUAGAGACAGUUGAAGACGGAUCUCUUGUCAGCACAGAGCACGCCGUUGGAGCACUGCUAUCGUUAUGUCUAAGCUGCCGGGAUAAAUACCGGGAAUUAAUUCUUAAAGAAGGAGCAAUUCCAGGCCUGUUACGCCUCACAGUAGAGGGCACAGUCAAAGCUCAAGAUAAAGCCCGCACACUUUUAGAUUUGCUCCGAGAUUCUCCUAAAGAGAAAAGACUAGACUCAUCGGUUUUGGAGAAAAUUGUUUACGACAUUGCUGAACGGCUAGAUAGUGUAGAUAAAGCCGGCGAAACUUCCAAAUGA